CCAACCUCGUGUUUUUCCGCUAAAAACUCGUAAWACUCAAAGUAUGAAUAAGAACAGCGUUCUAAGUGGUGGUCAUAAUGAAUCUGUGUUGUCAUUAGACAUAAAUACUUUCGGUGUUUUAGCUUCUGGUGGAGAGGAUUGUUUGUGUGUUUGGACGUCAGACGGGAGGCCUUUGACGAAGAUCAAUUCGAUCGGUGAAGACGAGGUCACAAGCGUGUGCUUCUCGAAACAAAAACCSGAGCAGCURUUCUUCUCUACAGGGACUAAAGUUUUUAACUAUGAUUUGCGAUCAAUGCAAAGUCCGCUUUGUGAAUUUGAAUYCAACGAGGAUGAGAUAAACCAAAUCGUUCUUCAUGAUAAGGGGCAAUACAUGGCUACAUGUGAUGACACUGGCGCAGUUAAAAUCAUCGACUUGCAGCAAAAUAAGUUAUUCAAGACACUUAACAGAACUCAUACAAACAUCUGCUCAAGCGUCCAAUUUCGACCUCAGCGGCCGUGGGACCUAGUCAGUGGUGGUAUGGACUUCAAGGUGGUUUCAUGGGAUUUUUCAUCUGGGCGUGUCACACAUGAGGUUAACGUGCAMGAGACUGGAACAGAGGAGGACAAGUACUUUAUUAACCCACCAUUUGUACAUUCAGUCCACAUGAAAGACAACGGCAGAGACUUUGRUGUUGGAUUAGGGGAUGGKAGUGUCCAGCUAUUUCACUUUGAAGGAAAGAAGAAGUUUGRUGCUGACCAAACUCUGAAAGCUCACACUCUUGGAGUGUCUCAAGUACAUUUUCCUCACUUCAAAAACUCUCCAAACCUGCUUUUGUCAGGUGGAAAUGAUGCAAAACUUGUACUUUGGGACUAUCAUACAAAUCAAAAUGGUUUCCACGCAAGUGAAAACACAGCUUCUAGUUACGCUGCAAAUACCCAAGGAUUUGGAGUCAGAUGUACCAUUAAUCAUCGCUCCAAAAUWAAUUGGAUCAGCUCUUUCUCAACUGAUAAGAAUCAAAUUUAUAUUGGAGAUUUAAGCAACCAAAUAACCAUUUAUGAUAUUAUUGGAUAAUUACAUUUCACCAUGUGUAAAUAGUUAUAAACUUCCUGCAUUGAAUUAAAAAUUGACAAAAGARGUUUUUCUGUAUUUUUUUAAUAGCUUUUAUAUUGACUAACAAUAUUUUGUWAUAGUUAGCUUGUUUUAUAUAACAACAUGAUUAUAAUGUGUGUUGCUUGAUUAGGUGUAAUGAAUUUCUCUAAU